AUGGAUAUUAACGGCCUCUUUGGUGUCAAGGGCAAAGUCGUCCUCGUCACCGGCGGCGCCAAGGGCAUCGGGCGCAUGAUCUCGGAAGGGUUCGUGGCCAACGGGGCGAAGGUGUACAUCUCGUCCCGGGACGCCGGGACCUGCGACCGGGCGGCCGCCGAGCUGAGCGCCCUGCCGUCGGCGGUCGCCAGCUCGGGCUCCGCCGUCUCGCUCCCCGCAGACCUCAGCUCCGUCGACGAGUGCCAGCGCUUGGCGUCGGAGCUGGCCGCCCGCGAGCCGCGCCUGCACGUCCUGGUGCACAACUCGGGCGCCGCCUGGGGGGAGGACUACGACUCCUUCCCGGACGCCGCCUGGACCAAGCUGCUGACCCUCAACCUGCAGCGCGUCUUCACCCUCACCCAGCUCCUGACGCCCCUCCUCGAGGCGGCAUCGGCGUCACCGGAGGUAUCACCGUCCCCCGACACGGCCAGGGUCAUCCACAUCGGCAGCAUCGACGCGCUGCGCGUGCCGUCGCUGCCCAACUUCGCCUACAGCGCCUCCAAGGCCGGGCUGCACCACCUGUCGCGCGCUCUGGCCGUCGAGCUGGGCCCGAGGGGCAUCACCAGCAACACUCUCGCGUGCGGGCCCUUCCCCAGCAAGAUGAUGGCCGCCACGCUGGAGAACUUAGGCGACGAGAUCAGGGGCGCCAGCCCGCUGGGCCGCAUCGGCUCCCCGCAGGACGUCGCCGGAGCCUGCUUGUUCCUGGCAAGCCGGGCUGGUGCAUUUGUCAAUGGUGCGACGAUCACCUUGGACGGCGGUAUCUCGCUACUGGCUAAACUAUAG